UUCCGCUAUGCAACUAAAUCAGAAAAGGUAGCCACGAUACUAGGGUUGAUAAUCAGUUCUGCCAGCGGGUCGAUAUUUCCUGUCAGCAUGAUUUUUUUUGCUGAGGUUGUUGAUGCUUUUAUUGGGCCGCAAACAGCAUUACUUAACGCUAUAAAAAAGCAAUCAGUUACCUUCAGCAUACUCGGUGCGGUCGGACUUGUUCUCGGAUUCUUGCAAGCUUACCUUCUUGUCUGGGUCGCGGACAGGCAAGCUGAACGAAUAAGGCUGCUAUAUUUCCAAGUAUGGUUGCAUUGGUCUUUACUGCGUCAAGACAUUGCAUGGCAUGAACGGAAUCCGGUUGGAGCAAUUUUAUCACGGAUGAAUAACAAUAUUCAACAAAUUGAAGAAGGGAUGGGUGGAAAUCUUGCCAACUUCUUUCGCGACAUGUCAGUCUUCAUUGCCGGCAUAAUUGUGGCAUUCGUUCAGGGAUGGAAAUUGACCCUUGUGGCCGUAGCAAUGAUACCUCUAAUUUCACUUGUAUUCACAUGCCUGGCUUUGGUCAUUCAGUUGUACGUCAAGAUCGAGCUCCAAGCCUAUAGUGAGGCGAGCAGUUUUGCAGCCGAAAUUUUCACCUCAGUGAAGACAGUGUUUGCCUUUGGUGGCGAAAAGAACGCAUCUGAGAGGUACGAUCGCCAACUGGACAAGGCGCAAAGAGCAGGAGUGAAAAAGGGCAUUCUGCUUGGAUCAAGUAUCGGGAUGAUAAGUGUGUCGAUUUUUAGCACGGUGGCUGUGCUGUUUUACUAUGGCUGCACGCUUCUCAUUGACAAGGGUGCUUCAUAUCAACCUGGAACAAUCGUGCUAGUCAUGAUGAACGUGGUGUAUGGAUCUAUCGCUGUGGGAAGGGCUAUGCCACUGAUGGAGUUCUUCUUGAAGGCUGCUGGAAAUGCGGGUCCUAUUUUUGCCACAAUUGAUAGAGUAAGGGAUAUCGAAUUCAAGAACGUCCGAUUCUAUUAUCCACAACGACCAGAUGUUGAGAUUCUCUCAAAUUUCAACCUUAAAAUCAAGGCAGGGGAGACCAUGGCUAUUGUUGGUCCCAGCGGUUCUGGAAAGAGUACCAUUGCUCAACUAAUUCAGGAGCACUACGAUCCUGUCUAUUUAGACGGCAUUGACAUUCGCAACCUCGACUUGGGGUGGCUGCGUAAACAUGUUGGUGUAGUAUCACAGGAACCAGUACUUUUUUCUGGUUCUGUGGAGCACAACAUCAAAUCAGGUCUUACCAAUGCAACUACAAAGGAAGUAGUAGAGGCUGCAAAACUCGCCAACGCCCACGAAUUCAUCAAACACCUGCCUGAGGCAAGUGAGGGUGGAGCGAGUAUUUCGGGAGGACAGAAGCAACGUGUGGCGAUAGCACGCGCUCUUAUUCGCCAGCCACAAAUCCUUCUACUUGAUGAAUCAACCUCCGCCCUUGACUCGUACUCUGAACGCCUGGUUCUGGCUGCCAUGGAGAAAGUGCGACGCGGUCGAACCAUCAUCAUGAUUGCUCAUCGCCUCAGCACUGUCCGCAACGCUGAUCGCAUCAUCGUGAUUGACCGUGGGCAAAUCAAGGAGAUGGGCACUCACGAGGAGUUGCUUUUGCUCAACGGCAUUUACGCCGAAAUGUUGUCCCAGAGUGUAAGCUAG